AUGGAGUGGGUGCUGGCGGAGGCGCUGCUCUCGCAGAGCCAUGACCCCCGGGUCCUGCUGGGGGCCUUAUGCCGCGGGAAGGCGUCCGUGGAGCGCGUGGAGACGCUGUGCUUCUUUCUGCAGCGGCUGGAGGACGCGGCUGCGCGCGGCGGCGGGGGCGCAGGCGCGCUCCCAGAGGCGGCGCGCGAGGUCGCCGCGGGGUACCUCGUGCCGCUGCUGCGGGGUCUGCGCGGGUGCCCCGCGGGCGGGCCGGACCUCGGGCUGCCGCCGCGCCUCCGCCGGCGCGUGCUGAGGGCGGCAGGCGCGGCCCUGCGCUCGUGCGCCCGCCUGGCCGGGGGCCCGCAGCUGGCGGCCUCGCUGGCCGAGGAGGCGCUGCGUGACCUGCUCUCCGCGGGGCGCGCGCCGGGCGCUGAGGCGGCCGUGGAGGUGCUGGCGGCCGUCGGGCCCUGCCUGCGGCCCCGCGAGGACGCGCCGCUGCUCGAGCGGGUGGCGCGGGCCGCCGUCGCCCUAGUGCUGGGCGGGGACGGGGAUGAAGCUGGGCCCGCCGAGGACGCGGUGGCGCUGGUGGCUGGACGGCUGCUGCCCGCGCUGGGCCAGUGCGGCGGGGCGGCGCUGCGGGCCGUGUGGGGUGGGCUGGCCGCGCCGGGGGCACCCUCGGCGCCAGGCCGCAUCGGGCUGAAGCUGCUGGUUCUGAGCGCCCUGGCGGAGAAGCUGCUGCCCGAACCCGGCGCGGACCGCGCCCCCCGCGCGCACGAGUCGGGCCCCGACGCCCGGCGCUGCUGGCGCUUCUGGAGGACGGUGCAGGCGGGGCUGGGCCAGGCUGAGGACGCCCUGACGCGCAAGCGAGCCCGCUACCUGCUGCAGAGGGCGGUGGAGGUGUCGGCGGAGCUGGGGUCCGACUGCACCUGCGGCCCCCAGGAAGGAAACGGCCCAAGUCUGUUUUGGUGGUCUGAGAAGAAAAAAGAUGAGCUUUUAAAAUUUUGGGAAAAUUAUAUUUUAAUUAUGGAAACUCUAGAAGGAAAUCAGAUACAUGUUAUAAAGCCAGUCUUACCAAAGCUGAACAAUCUGUUUGAAUAUGCAGUGUCAGAAGAAAAUGGAUGUUGGCUCUUUCAUCCAUCCUGGCAUAUGUGUAUUUACAAAAGAAUGUUUGAAAGUGAAAAUAAAAUUCUGACCAAAGAAGGUGUUAUCCAUUUUUUGGAGCUGUAUGAAAUAAAAUUCCUGCCAUUUUCACUAGAAUUUUCUGAGUUUAUUAUUGGACCAUUAAUGGAUGCACUUUCAGAGUGUUCUCUGUAUAGCAGGUCCCCAGGCCAGCUGAUAGGAAGCGGUUCUCCAUUGGGAUUGAAAUUACAGAAGUUUUUAGUCACUUAUGUUUCUCUUCUUCCAGAAGAAAUAAAGAGUAGUUUCCUAUUAAAGUUUAUUCAGAAGAUGACAAGUAGACAUUGGUGUGCUGUUCCCAUUUUGUUUUUAUCAAAGGCUUUGGCAAAUGUCCCAAGAUCUAAGUUCCUGGGUAUAGAAGGGCUUCUUGCUCUCAGGGAUGUUAUUCAUUGCACAAUGAUCACACAUCAGAUUCUAUUGAGAGGGGCAGCUCAAUGCUAUCUUCUUCAAACAGCUCUGAAUUUGCUGGAUGUGGAGAAGGUGUCACUUUCUGAUGUCUCAACUUUUCUCAUGUCUCUGAGACAAGAGGAAUCCUUAGGACGAGGAACUUCACUGUGGACAGAGCUCUGUGACUGGUUGGAUGUUAAUGAAAGCUAUUUUAAGCUACCCCCAAUUUGUAGCCCCGUUGGACUUCAUGAGACAUCUUUAAAUGCUUAUGCGAAGACCCUAGUUCAAGAGUACAUUAAGUCGCCUGCUUGGGAAACAGGAGAAAACUGCUUUAUGCCUGAUUGGUUUGAAGCCAAGCUUGUUGCUCUGAUGGUCUUGCUGGCUGUGGAUGUGGAAGGAAUGAAGACUCAAUAUAGUGAAAAACGGAGAACAGAGAAUAUAUUGAGGAUAUUCUUAGAUCCUCUUCUGGAUGCCCUUAUGAAGUUUGGUACAAAUGCCUACAUGCCCUUGCUGAAAACUGACAGAUGCCUCCAGUUGCUGUUGAAGUUAUUGCACACUUCCAUGUUGAAAGGUUCCAGUACCCAAGAUGAUGAGGUGUUUACUGUUCUUCAGAACUUUGUCAUGUCUACUACAGAAAGUAUUUCUGAAUUUAUUCUCAGAAGACUCACUAUGAAUGAGCUAAAUAGUGUUUCAGAUCUGGACCGCUGCCAUUUGUACCUGACAGUGUUAACUGAGCUUAUAAAUCUCCAUUUGAAGGUUGGGUGGAAAAGGGGUAACCCCAUUUGGAGAGUUAUUUCUCUGUUGAAAAAUGCAUCUAUUCAGCAUCUUCAAGAGAUGGACAGUGGACAGGAGCCAACGCUGGGGAGUCAGAUUCAGAGAGUAGUUAGUAUGGCUGCCUUGGCCAUGGUGUGUGAGGCCAUUGACCAGAGGCCUGAACUACAGCUGGAUUCUCUCGAUGCCGGACCCAUGGAAAAGUUCCUUUCCUCUUUUCAGCUCAAUCAGACGCUGCAGAAGCCCCGUGUAGAGGAGCAGAGCAGUUUUUUUGAAGAAUCGUCGUCUUCCCAAGGAUGGGGGAAAAUAGUUGCACAAUAUAUCCAUGAUCAGUGGGUGUGCCUCUCCUUCCUGUUGAAAAAAUAUCAUGCCCUUAUACCAGCCACAGAGAGUGAAAUUCUGGAACCCUUUCUGCCUGCCGUUCAAAUGCCAGUAAGGACUUUGCAGUCUGCACUAGAAGCCCUCACAAUCCUCCCUUCUGAUCAAGUUCUACCAGUGUUCCAUUGCAUGAAAAUUUUGGUUCCCAAGCUUCUGACCUCCUCUGAAUCACUCUGCAUAGAGUCUUUUGACAUGGCUUGGAAAAUUAUAUCUUCUUUAAGCAACACUCAGCUGACAUUCUGGCCUAAUUUAAAAGCUUUUGUUCAGUUUGUUUUUGAUAACAAAGUUCUCACCAUUGCUGCAAAAAUCAAGGGCCAGGCAUAUUUCAAAAUAAAAGAGAUUAUGUACAAGAUAAUUGAAAUGUCUGCUAUAAAAACUGGAGUCUUCAAUACACUGAUAAGUUACUGCUGCCAAUCUUGGAUAGUGUCUGCUUCAAAUGUGUCACAAGGGUCUUUAUCAAGUGCUAAAAAUUAUAGCGAACUUAUCCUUGAGGCUUGUAUAUUUGGAACUGUGUUUAGGCGUGAUCAAAGACUUAUUCAGGAUGUACAGACCUUUGUAGAAAAUCUUGGACAUGACUGCGCAGCAAACGUCGUUAUGGAAAAUACUAAAAGAGAAGACCAUUAUGUGAGAAUUUGUGCUAUCAAAUUUCUGUGUUUAUUAGAUGGCUCAAAUAUGUCCCAUAAGUUGUUUAUGGAGGAUCUUACAAUCAAGCUAUUAGAUAAAGAUGAAUUGGUGUCCAAGUCCAAAAUUAGCUACUAUGUGAAUUCUCUACAACACAGAGUGAAAAACCGAAUAUGGCAGACGCUACUGGUACUUUUCCCCAGAUUUGAUCAGAACUUCAUGACUGGAAUUAUUGACAGGAUUUUCCAGGCUGGUUUCAUCAACAAUCAAGCGUCUGUAAAAUAUUUUAUAGAAUGGCUUAUUAUAUUGAUUCUUCAUAAAUUCCCUCAAUUUCUUCCAAAGUUCUGGGAUUGUUUUUCUUAUGGUGAAGAAAACCUUAAAACAAGUAUUUGUACAUUUUUAUCAGUUUUGUCACAUUUGGACAUCAUUACUGAAAAUAUUCCGGAAAAGAAACUAAUUCUGAAGCGAGCCCUUAUUAUUGUACUGCAGUGGUGUUUCAAUCACAAUUUCAGUGUUCGACUGUAUGCUUUAGUUGCUCUUAAGAAAAUCUGGAACAUGUGUAAAACAUCACGCAUUGAAGAAUUUGAUGCCUUGACUUCUGUUAUCGAAUCCAGUCUCCAUCAAGUGGAAAGCAUGCAUGGAGCAGGGAAUGCCAAGAAGAAUUGGCAACGCAUCCAAGAGCAUUUCUUUUUUGCAACAUUUCACCCACUGAAGGAUUAUUGUCUGGAGACCAUAUUUUACAUCCUUCCACGCCUCUCAGGCCUCAUCGAAGAUGAAUGGAUUGCCAUUGAUAAAUUUACCAAAUUCACCGAUGUUCCUUUAGAUGCAGGAUUUCAGUGGUACCUUUCUGAAACUCAACUUUGUGAACUAAAAACAGGUGACUGGUCUCAGCAGGACAUAGGUUCUGACUCGGUUGAAGCAGAUAGCCAGUCGGAGGGGACCAACGUUCAGAGGAAGAUCAUCCCAUGGAAAAACAAGGCUCCCGAGUUAGACCUGGAGCUCGUGUUUCAGGAUCGUGCUGCCAAACUUGGAAAGUCGAUUAACAGAUUGAUUGUAGUGGCCUCACUCAUUGAUAAACCAACCAAUUUAGGAGGACUUUGCAGGACCUGUGAGAUAUUUGGGGCCUCCGUGCUCGUUGUUGGCAGUCUUCAGUGUGUCAAGGACAGACAGUUUCAGCACCUCAGUGUCUCAGCAGAACAGUGGCUUCCUUUAGAGGAGGUAAAACCACCUCAGCUAAUUGAUUAUCUGCAACAGAAAAAAACAGAAGGUUAUACCAUCGUUGGAGUGGAACAGACUGCCAAAAGUAUAGACCUAACCCGAUAUUGCUUUCCUGAGAAAUCUCUACUCUUGUUGGGAAAUGAACGUGAAGGAAUUCCAGCAAAUCUGAUCCAGCAACUGGAUGUUUGUGUGGAAAUUCCUCAACAGGGCAUUAUCCGCUCGCUGAAUGUUCACGUGAGCGGAGCUCUGCUGAUCUGGGAAUACACCAGACAACAGCUGCUCAGGCGUGGGGACACCACGUCACGAAGUCUGUGCCUUAUCUGAGCUGAAUUGUCAGUGCUAUUGAAACUUUUUUUUAAAAAAGCUGUUUGGACUCAUGAAAUAGAUUCUGAAAUUUACUAGGAUAAUUUAUGUUUCUUUUUUCUUGCAAUUUAAUGCCAAAACUUUUUCAUGUGCCUUAAAUCCAUUACUGCAUAUUGUCCCCUUUAAUAAACACUUUGAACUAAAAUUGUAUUGCUUCUUUAAUACAAUAUUUUAAGCAAUUGUGGAAAUAAAA